AUGGUACUUUUGUGUUUGCAACACUACCCACGGUUUCUACAAGCGCUCUUAGCGGACGCUAAGAAACAGGCCGACGGGCUGACGGCCGAUACCGACGGCAAUCGAUCAGCCACCGGCAUCCUCGGCUACGGAGACUUUCCCGUCGUCAAGCACUUCUUGUUUAUAAACGAAACAACCCACGGUUUUUACAAGCGCUCUCUAGCGGACGCUAAGAAGCAGGCCGAUGGUCUGACGGCCGAUACCGACGGCAAUCGAUCAGCCACCGGCAUCCUCGGCUACGGGGACUUUCCCGUCGUCAAGCACUUCUUGUGUGAGGAUUGCGGUCGCUCCUACUUACACUGGACGUACCUACAAGUGCACAGGCGCAUGAAACACGCGAACGAGAACUUUCUCUACAAGUGUAACCAGUGUGAAGUCACCUUUCCUAACAGUUGGAGCUUAGCGUAUCAUCGUAAGAAGGUGCACGGGAAGACCGGACCUGAUGACCCUGGCGCCACCAGCAAGAUUAGCAAGGACGAUUAUAGGAUACCAUGUCGCGAUUGUAGCGAGGUGCUACCAAACAAAACUGCGCUCUACAAGCAUCGGAAGAAGGAGCACAGCGAUAAUACUAUUCGCCCUAGUAGUAAGCCUGGCAUGUACUCGCAUGAGGAGUCCACCGGUGGCGGCGGCGCUUGCCCGCACUGUCACGCCACCUUCACGCAUGCCACCGACCUGCACAAACAUGUCAAAGAAGCACACGGCUCAUCAAACGCAAGCUGGUCGAACAAGCCGGGCCGGCCACACACAUGCCCGGUGUGCGGCCACGGGUUCCGCACGCUGUCCAUGCGGAACGAACAUCUGCGCGUCCACACGGGUGAACGCCCCUUCCCUUGUGAUGUCUGUGGAGUAGCGUUCAGAAGGUCCACAGCUAUGAGGAACCACCGGCUCAUUCACACGGGGGUCCGCGCGUGGGCCUGCGGACGCUGUCCCAAACGGUUUCGCAUACGAUCCGACUUGCGGACGCAUUUGAGACUGAAACAUCCGGCUACUAUUGUUGUUGUUGAGAUGGAAGGCCUAAAUCCGUCUUCUGAAGAUGUGAUGAAAACCCUUUCAGAGCAAAAUGUUCCUCACGACAAACUCAUUGAGAUAACUAAAAUGUCCUUCGCAAAGGGCACGACCAGCGUGAUACCGUCAUGCGCCCGCGCGCUGUCAGCGCUGAGCGCGGUGCCGCGGACCCAUGUCGCCUGCAUCAAGCCCGCGCCUUCUAACAUGUUGGAUGAAUUCCAACCCGCUCGUCGUGGUCGCGGUAUUGCUAAGAACCCGCGCCGCCCCAAGAUACUGCAGCGGGGAGACUCACAGGAUCCUUCUGCUUAUCCUAUUGUUAGUGGCGAGGAGUUAUCAGACUUAAACGUGCAGUUACUGCUCCGGGACGGCGUGCUUGUUAACGGUAACCAAAUGGUUCAACUACAACUGGACGACCCCAUGCUCAUGGAAUGAAUAUAAUAUGUACCUAUCUUUAUCUGGUUGUGUAAAAUUGGUUCUCUAGUACGCUGGUGAAGUGGUAAAUAGAAGAGUAGCCUUUUAAACUAAUGUUAUAAAAAGGAAUAUUUUUGUUAGUUUUUACCCUAAAAAAAAUUUUUUCACUGUUGGGGAGACACACUAUCACCGGGUGAUUAGGCUACAUUUUGUCGGGGUAUGAGAAGUAGUUUCCAUAAGUCGCGGGUGAAACCGUGUCAUAGAGCUAGUUUAUAAUAAAUUGAUAUAAAAAUUAUCUGUGGUUUUAUAUGUAUUGAAAAAUUUUUUGUUCAAAAUGACGGUUUGAUUUGCCAAAAUAUUCAAAUGUAAUUAUUUUUUAAGUACAAUUCUUUAACUCUUAGCUUUAAUAUAUUGUUUUUAUUUACCUACUUACUAAUAAAGGU